AAUGCCGGUUAUAAAAAAAAUUGGCACAAUCGGUAAAGACGAUUUCUACUGUACCGGUCGGCACAAAAUUUUCAAAAUUCCGAUACAGGGUGUUUGUAAUUCCACGUAUCCAGGUUUAUCAAUACAAACAAAUAAAAUGGACUCGGGACUUUUAGCAGAACUAAACAAGUUAAAAAAUGCGCAAGAAUAUUUAGAAAAAAGUAAUAAAGUAUCGAACCAUUUUACGAAAUAUGACUGUGACUUGGAUUUGAACGAGUUUUAUUCAACUUUAGAAAAUGAAAGAAAAAAUGAAACUCAGCAACUUGCAAAUCAUGUAAAAGAAAUUUGGUUGUUGUUAAAUGCGGAAAAAACACUCUUAAAAGAGGGAAAUGUAGAGUUAUUGGAUAUUCGUUAUUUUAAAAAGAGAAUGAUUGAUCUUCAGGAGAAACUUUAUAAUUUAAAAAUAAAAGUCGUAGCUGAUUAUGAAACAUUAAAAGAACAAGAAGCAAGUUUGUCAGAAGUUCUAGAAACGUUUAACAAUAAAAUCUCAGAGUGGGAAAAAAAUAUAAGUGUUUCCAGGCUUAAUAACCAUAAAACCUACAACAAAUCGCUAAAAUUUGAUAGUGACUAUAAAGAAGUGAAAGAAUUUAUGGAUUUUGUUAACAAAAGCAAUGGUCACGAAAAUGGAUGGACAAUUGAAGAUCAUCAACUUUUUUUAAAGUUUCGAAAUAAAUACAAAAGCGUUGAUGAUUUAUCUGUUAAUUUACACAGACUUUUACCUGAUAUCACUCCUACUGCGGUUAGAGAACACGAAGCUUGGUUUACAAAAUAUUUAUUUUUGAAGAGAAAAAAAGAUGAAGCUCUCGAUAAAUGGCGCAAAGUAAAAAAAGCAAAUGUGUCAGAAAACAAAAACGAUGAAGAAGUUUGUGUGAAUAAAAUAAAACACAAAAUAUUUCAAAAAUGUGUUGACGAAGAUGUUCAAAAGAAAAUCGCUCAGUGGAAAGCCGAGAAGGAGAUAAAACGUCAACAAGAAAAAAUAAUCGAGGAAACAAGAAAAGAAAAAAUGAAACGACUCGAAAUCGAUAAAAAACGACUUCAUUACCAAAUAAAAGAAACAGUGACAAAAUGGAAAGAAGAGAAACUUGUUAACGAAUUUAACGAAAAAAUUCAAAAGGAAGUGAUAGAGGAGCAACAAAGAAAAAUAAGAGCUUUUGAAGCUAACAAAUUGAUCAAACAAUUUCAAUCGCAAGACGAUAUUUAUAUUGGAAGAAUGCGAUCAAGCAAGUUGAAAAAACCACAAAUAUCGAUCAGAAGUAAAUCGAGUUAUUCUGUACCAAAAGAUCCAAAAAGAAUUUUACAACCCACCAAGCAGUGGUUAUUGCGCACUUCAAAAAAUAAUUUUCUAGAAGGAAACUUUUGUGCUUACGUCCCAAACAUUAAACAAGUCCCAAAAUUGGGAAUACCCGAAUGGCGAAGAAAUACUUAAAGCUUGUACAAAGUAGUGUUUUAUUCUUAAAUGGAAUUUGGUGUCCUUGUUAUUUUUUUAAUAUAAUAUUUAUAAUUAUGUACAAAAAUAUAAAUGGUAAAAAUUCAACAACGGUUAAUUAGUGGUCGGUCUGAUGACGAGAAAUCAGAAUCGUCAAACUGUCGCAGAUGAAUCUAAAAUUUCGCUUUUAGUUUUUUUUAUUUUAAGAGUUUUUUUUCACCUGUAAAUGCAAAUUUACUUCGGAACAACGACUUAAAUAUGGGAAAUUUCCACCAGUCUUAAGAUGAGCCAACUUAGCAUUAGGGUAACAUUUAUAAAGCUCUUCUCUUACAGCAUUUGAUAAGGCAUAUUCAUCAAAUACAUCAAUGACAGUAAUGGGAAGAUCAGCCAGUUUGUGAGCUUCCACAUAUCCUCUAAGGCAAUUAAGUGUAAGUCUACUGGCAAGUUCAGUUUGAGGAAGGCUUUCCAACUGAAAAUGACGAUUAAAAUUGGUAAAUGAGAAAAUUACUUGUUACCCUUUCAACCAUAAAGUCAAUGGCUUCAACCAUUUCUGGAUCAACCUUUGCUGAUCCGAAAUUACUCAUAAUCAUUCUCUUCAAAACGAGGCCUGGUAACAUCCAGAAAAUUGCUGCAGACUCGUGAUUAUUGAAAAUGGCAGUGUCAGUAAAUGUAUUGCACAAAAUUAGAGAUGCUACUCUUGGACAUUUUAUUGUGUAUUCAGCAAAUUUUUGAGCCAAGUAUCCGCCUGUAAUAUAGUUUGUCAG